AGACCAGAAAAAAGGUACUAAAUGGAAACAGAGACCCGUGAAGACCAAGUCCAGUACUCAUAUGAUUUGUAAUAACAUUAUAGUUUUCUCAGAUUUUUUACUCAUUGCAUGAGUAAUGCUAAAAUUAAAACCCUCAGAGGGAUAUUACAUGUCAGACCCCACAUCUUUGUGACCACAAAACAGCAGCUAUCAUGGUUCAUUUGCUCUUGUAUACAUAACAACGCUGCGCUGAUGUUGUGUUUAUUUCACAAUAUUAAGUUUAGUUUUUUUAUAGAAGAAAUGAAGAAUGUUUAUUUUUUUGGUUGUUUUAUUAGAAUCUAUCAAAUAGUAUUACCAACAGCUGUUUUUGUUAAUUAAAUGAGAAAUAAUGAUGACCCAUUUCCGACAUCGUUGUUUGCUGAUCUGUCAGUAAUUUGACAGGACAUAAAAGUGCAGUGAUUGCCUGUUUAAACAUUAACUCGAGGGAUGAGAGUCGUUCUAAGAAGCCAGCUUUAAAACCAAAGCUAUCAUUCGUCCUCGUUGCUUGCCAAGGACUUAAGGAGACCAUUAUGAGCGACUUUGGGCAAAUCCUGAAGGAGAUCGGGGAAUUUGGCUUGUUUCAGAAGCGUUUGGUGGCUGCGUUAUGCAUCCCCAGCAUAUUUCUGGCGUUCGAUGUGAUCGGCCAGGUGUUUACAGGCAUGAACUUUCCGCACGAGUGUAACACCGACUGGAUCUUGGAGCAGGGGCCCAACCUGACUGAUGAAAGACAGCGAAACCUCACCAUACCUGUUAACAGCGAGGGACAGUUUGACAGGUGUAAAAUGUUCAUGCCCGUAAACUUGGACCUGGAAACCAUUGAAAAGUACGGUCUUAAUGACACGACAGGAUGCACAAACGGAUCCGAUUUUGAAAUGCCCAAAGGUGCCUCCAGCAUUGUGACAGAGUUCAACCUGGUGUGCGACAGAAGCAGUUUCACUGAGGCCUCUCAGUCUGUCUACAUGGCUGGCCUUCUGGUCGGAGCCUUUGUUCUCGGACAGAUGGCUGACAGGUUUGGCCGACGUUUUGUGGUCCUGCUGUCGCUCCUCGUCUUGUUUGUGUUCGGAGUAGGAAUGAGUUUCUCGCCCAACAUCUAUGUUUAUAUUGCUCUGAAAUUUGUUUGUGGCAUCUCAACAUCUGGAAUAGUUGGAAAUGCCUUCGUCAUUGGUGGAGAAUGGAGCGAUUCUUCAAAGUUCGCUCUCUGUACCAUCAUCUGCCACGCGUUUUUUCCUCUUGGACUGAUGAUCCUGUCUGGAGCUGCCUUUUUGAUCCGCAACUGGAGGAUCCUGCAGUUGGUGCUUUUCAGCCCUCUUAUCCUCGUACUGGGGAUCUUCUACUGGAUUCUCCCAGAGUCAGCUCGCUGGCUCAUUACACAGGGCAGGAAGGAGGAGGCCAUAAAGGAAAUACGGAGAGCCGCUAAAGUGAACAAGAGGAAAGUACCGGAGGAGCUGCUGGAGAAACUAGAAGGAGAAGGCGCAAACAAAAAGGGAACCAUGCUGGACAUCUUCAGGUUAAGAUACCUGAGAAAGCGGGCUUUGAUAAUGAGCAGCGUCUGGUUUGCAACAAGUCUGAUGUACUACGGAUUCAGCCUCAAUGUUGGCAACUUUGGCCUGGAUAUUUACCUCACCCAGUUCAUCUUUGGCGUGGUGGAGGUUCCUGCCCGUGUGGGUAUUUUGCCGUUCCUACAGCAUUUUGGAAGGAAAAUAUGCCAAGCCACGGUGCUGCUGUUCGGAGGUGUGGCUUGCCUCUGUGUUCUUGUUGUACCAAAAGAUCUUCCCGUCGUGAUCACAGUCAUAGCUGUUCUUGGUAAAUUUGCUGCCACUGCCAGUUUUGCCACAGUGUAUGUUUAUACAGCAGAACUAUAUCCCACCAUUCUGAGGCAGAACGGUGUAGGUCUGAACGCCAUGUGUGCUCGGGUGGCAGGAAUCCUCGCUCCCCUGAUUCGCCUCUUGGAUGUUUACCAUCAUACCAUCCCCAUGUUGAUAUACGGCAUUGUCCCCAUCGUGGCUGGAGGGCUCUGUGUGCUGCUGCCUGAAACUCGCAAUGUCGAACUUCAGGACCUUGCUGAAAACAAACAAUCGUCUGAUGAAACUUCUGAGAAAGGGUCCUUUGCUCAAGAAGACAAGGCAGAAAAGUCUACAAAGUUGUGAUUCAUAUUUUUACUGAAGCUCUGAUAAAAUGGUCACUGCUAUUAGUUUGUAUUGAGUUAGCUGUAGAGUUUAUCAGUUAAAAGGUGCGUCACAUUUUAUUUGUUACAGUCUGUUUAUUUUUUUGACACUCCAACAAAAAUGUUAAAUAUUGAAUUCAUGUUUUUUUUUUCUGAAUUAUAUGUAAAUUAUAAUGGGCCUGCGCAGCAUUUGUGUGUAUUAGGAGCAACUUCUUUGUUAGGAACCUCAGAAAACCAGCAUGUCAAAAU